AUGACCCUCCUCGAGUUCUUUCGCAGGAUCCUGCGACACCUGGCUACAAUCCUCCUAUUCCCCUCCGCCCUCAAGACCGUCCCUGUGACACCAAAGUCCAACCAUGAGGUCAACAUUGUCGAAACCGUCCAUCAUACACUCGACUCGUUGAAAGACGAGAUCAUGAGUUUGUUCAAGGCCCCUUGUACCAUGCGCCGAAUGCUUUCCAUGUCCUCGGCUCUCCGAGUCCAAUAUAAAGCCAAACUCCAAGAGAGUGAAGCAUGCAUGCUCCCGUCUUUUUGUCAUGCCCUACCCACCGGUCAAGAGCAGGGAACCUUCAUUGCACUUGACGUUGGUGGCUCAACUUUCAGAGUGGCUUUGAUCGAGCUGCGAGGAAGGAAUGCACGGCAGACCCCUAUGAUCAUUAAACACAUGACGACUUCCAAAAUCGACGAACGGAUACGCAAACUCCCUUCUACACAAUUCUUUGAUUGGAUGGCGGGCAAAAUAGAGGCCAUGUUGGAGCAUGAGAGGGGCCUAUUGUCUUCAAAUCAGACCCUGCCCAUGGGUUUGGCCUGGAGUUUUCCGAUUGAGCAGACAAGCCAUCGUAGUGGAAAGAUGCAAGGCAUGGGCAAGGGAUUCGCCUGCCACGAGGACACCAUCGGUAUGGAUUUGGCCGAGCUGAUCGAAGCCGCUUGUGUUCGAAAACACCUCAAUGUUCGUGUGGACGCCAUUGUGAACGAUUCCUCGGCCACCCUCCUAUCUCAAGCAUACCUCGAUCCUGCCACAUCAAUGGCUCUGAUCCUUGGUACCGGAACCAAUGCCGCUGCCUAUCUCCCAAUCUCCAGCAUGGGGAAGUCCAAAUUUGGCAUUCGAGAUCCCUCAUGGUUCAAGGAGGCUCAGAAGGUCAUCACCAACACCGAAGUUUCCAUGUUUGGAAAGUCUAUUCUACCAGAGACUCGGUGGGAUCAAACUCUCAAUAAACAACAUCAUAUGCCCGACUUUCAACCCCUUGAGUACAUGGUUACUGGCCGGUACUUGGGAGAACUGUUUCGUUUGAUCAUCCUCGAAGCCGUCGACACCGGUGAAUUAUUUGAUGGCAAAUUUCCCCCUUGUCUAUCUGAGAGAUAUUCCCUUGAUACAGAGAUACUCGCACACCUUGAGGAUGAUGCUUCAAACCAAUCGAUAAAAUCGGGACCAAUGAUCCAAGCGGCUUUCGGUCUGAAGCGUCUCCCAUCAGCCAAAGAACUAUCUUUCUUGCGGACAGCCGCUCAGGCUAUUUCAUUUCGGGCAUCAGCAUAUAUCUCGGUGGCCGUUCAUGCCCUUUGGGCUUUGCAAAAAGAGACCAGCGGCAAUUCCACGACACCUGCAAGUAUGCUCAAGACGUCUAUUGCAUGUAAUGGCAGUGUCAUCUUGAAGUAUCCUGGUUUCAAAGAUCGAUGUGAAGCAUUUCUUCAUGACAUGAUCACUUCUGGAAAAUCUACUCGAGGGUCGGUGAAUGCUGAGAAAAUAGUGCUGAUCCCAACAGAUGAAGCCGCGUUGUUUGGUGCCGCCGUGGCGGUAGCGCUGGCAGAUGGACCUUGA